AUGAAUGCAACAUAUACUACUGCAGCAACUGCAGCAACUGCAGCAACUGCAGCAACUGCAGCAGAUAUGCAUGCAGCAGCAAAUUCUAAUGCUGCUGAUGGUGGGGAACAACAUAGGAAAAAGAAACAGAAAAAACAACAACAAAAAUCCCACCAGCAGCAACAACAGCAGAAAUCGCAGCAGCAGCAACAACAACAACAGCAGCAGAAACAGCCGCAGCAGCAACAGCAGAAAGUGAACCAGCAGCACCAGAAACCACAGCAGCACCAGAAACCACAGCAGCACCAGAAACACCAGCAGCAGCAGGAACAGCAGCAACCGCAGCAGCAGCAGAAACAGCAGCAACCGCAGCAGCACCAGCAACCGCAGCAGCACCAGCAGCAACAGAAACAGCAGCAACCGCAGCCGCAGCGGAAACAGCAGGAGCAGCAGCAAAAAUCGCAGCAGCAGCAGCAGCAGCAAAAAUCGCAGCAGCAGCAGCAGCAGCAGCAGAAUAAGAAAAAGAAGCAGAAGAAGCGGACAACAAUAUAUAUAGAGGAGGGAGGAGUGUUUGCUGUUGCUGCAAAAGAAGAAACACAAAUUAAAAUACUUGUAGCGCAUGCAAAGCAUUAUGAUCUACAGGGGAGGAAGAAGAGACAGAUACGUAUGCAACAGCAGCAACAGCAGCAACAGCAGCUAAGAGGCGUGCAGCAGCUAAUUGUUGCUGAUGGUGGUGGGCAACAUAUACAAAAGGAACAGAAAAAGCAGCAGCAGAAGCCGCAGCAGCAGCAGCAGCAGCAGAAGCCGCCGCAGCAGAAACCGCAGCAGCAGCAGCAGCAGAAUAAUAAAAAGGAGCAGAAGAGGCGUGAGCCUCACCAAGGUAUUUGUACCUCUGCAGUAGCAGCAGAAACAGCAGCAGCAGCAGCAGAAACCGCCGCCGCCGCAGCAGCAGCAGCAGCAGCAGAAUAA